GUGAAGAUGGCGGCGAGUGACUGCUCCGGCUUCGCGCGCGGCGCCGGCCCUCCGUACAGCACCCAGCCUCCGAUGGCUUUUCCCGUCCCCGCCGCCGGAGCCAGCCUCGCCUCGGGACCCACUGCUGGAAUGGGUCCCUCUGUGACCCCGACGUUUCCUGCGGUCGCCCAGCCCCCGGGGCCUGUCAGCACGGCGGGGUAUGGCGGGUACCAGCCCUGCACCAGCCGCUGCCCAGACCCUGCCCCGGUGCCCGGCACGGCUCCCUCCUGCCAGGACAGUUACACCCGCGGACCAGCAACAGAUGCCGGCAGCCACGAGAACAAGCAGGAUCACCUGGCGGCUGCCGUCGAGCCCCAGCUCCGGGCCUCGGCCACCCCGCGCCAGCCAGGGACUAAAGGAACGCACGUCCAGCCCAGUGGUGGGCACAGCCGAGCGCAGCCCCUACAGCAGGCGGCCAGCGUCCUGGCCCUGAGCCACGCUGAGAACUGCAGCCACCUGCCGGCCACCAGCGCUCUGCCCGCGGCCUCUGCCUCCACCCUGCCUUCUGACACCCCGGCCUGCAGCCCCACGUCUGCCCCGGACGCGAGACCAAACGAUCCACGCCGUGACCUGGCUGAGCCCUCGGCAUCCAGCCCUCGCCGCCCCUCGCCGCUGCCCCCCCAGCAGCGCCCCCCACUCCCAAAGCCCAUGGGCUCCCCGUGGCGUGGCCCCAGGGCCGGUUCUGCCCGCAGCCUCGCCGGGAAGCCCCCGACACCCAGACAGCCCCCGCUUCACUACUGUGACGUCUGCAGGAUCAGCUGCCCCGGCCGCCAGACCUACCUCGAGCACCUAGAAGGGCAGAAGCACAGGAAGAAGCAGGCGGCUCAGAACAUGUGCACCUGGCCCGACAGCAGCGGGAGCGGGGCGCAGACACUGCUGCGCUGUGGCCUGUGCGCCGUGUCCUGCACUGGGGCAGACGCCUACGCCGCUCACCUCCGGGGGGCCAAGCACCGGAAGGUCUUCAGGCUGCACAGCAAGCUGGGGAAGCCCAUCCCCGCCAUCGAGCCUGUGCCGGGGAGCUCCCGCCUCACCGCGGACAGGCCCCCCACGGCCUCUGACGGCCCCAGCAAGCCAGCGCAGGCCAGGAGACCGGCGGCCCGGAAGGCCUCGAGCGUGGGGCCCCACAAGCCACAGGCAGCGGGCAGCAGACCCCCAGAGGGGGCACACCUCGUAUCAGAUAGACCCUGGGAACCACCCACCCGAGGACGCCCUGCAGAAGCUUCUGGAAGCUGUGAUGCGCAGCCCGUGGGCCCAGGCUAUGUGGAGGAGGUGUGUAACGAUGAGGGCAAGGUGAUCCGCUUCCGUUGCCGGCUGUGUGAGUGCAGUUUCAACGACAGCACCGCCAGGGACUUGCACGUGAGGGGACGGCGGCACCGGCUCCAGUACAAGAAAAAAGUGGACCCUGACCUUCCGAUCGCCGUGGCGCCCAGCGCCAGAGCCCGGAAGCUCCUGGAGGACAGGCUGAGGGAGCAGAGGCGGCUGAGCAAGCGGCGGCUGGAGGAGGCGCGGCGCUGGCACGCUCAGAUGAGGCAGUACGAGCUGUGCAGGAAGCGACUGGAGGAGGGGCCACAGGCCCCGGAAGAGGACCCUGGACCCUCGCCGCCUGACCAGCUCCCUCCUUCCAUCAUGGGCAGGCCGGGGGUGCCCACUGGCUCACCUCGGUCCACACGGCGGCCGGAGACCAGCGAUGACCGGCACGUCAUGUGGAUGCACGCUGCCAUCUACCCCACGGAGGAGGAGCUCCUGGCCGUCCAGAAGGCCGUCUCCCACGUGGAGCGCGCCCUCAAGCUGGUGUCGGAUGUGCUGGCCGAGGAGGGCUCUGGAAGCCCGGAGCGGGAAGGCGGGGAGUGCAGCAGCAGCGCCCGCACGGCUCGGGUCCUGAAGGGCGUGAUGCGGGUCGGCCUCCUGGCAAAAGGCCUCCUCCUGCGGGGGGACAGGACGGUGCAGCUGACCCUGCUGUGCUCGCAGAAGCCCACCCACGCCUUGCUGCGGAGGAUCUCGGGGCAGCUGCCCCAGCAGCUCCCGUUUGUGACAGAAGACAAGUACGAGGUGUCCUCUGACCCCGAAACCGACAUCAUCAUCUCCUCCUGCGAGGAGCCCAGGAUGAGGAUCACUGUGUCCAUCACCUCGCCCCUGAUGCGGGAGGACCCUUCCACAGACCAAGAAGGAAGACAGGUGCCUCAGCCUGACCCGGAAGACGUCCUGAGCCCAGAGAAGUGCCUCCAGUCACUGGCCGCCCUCCGCCGCGCCAAGUGGUUCCAGGCUCGAGCCAGUGGCCUACAGCCAUGCGUGAUCAUCCUCAGGGUCCUUCGUGACCUGUGCCAGCAUGUGCCCACCUGGGGGGCCCUGCCGGCCUGGGCCAUGGAGCUGCUGGUGGAGAAGGCCCUGAGCAGCGCAAAGGGGCCCCUGAGCCCCGGGGGUGGCCUGAGGCGUGUCCUGGAGUGUGUAGCCUCAGGGAUGCUCCUGGCAGACGGGCCUGGGCUCCAGGAUCCUUGCGAGAGAGACCAGACGGAUGCCCUCGGGCCCAUGACCCCCCAGCAGCGCGAGGACAUCACGGCCAGUGCCCAGCACGCCCUGCGUUUGUUGGCGUUCCGGCAGAUCCACAAGAUCCUGGGCAUGGACCCUCUGCCGCCCCCCAAAAGCAGGCUGGGGGCGCGCUUCCGGAAGAGGCUGCGGGAGGCAGGUACCGAGGCCCAGAAGGGUGAGGUCCCCAGGAAGCAGGGCCGGCAGGGGGGAGAGGGGCCCUCGUGAGCAGCCUCCCCCUGGAGCCGACCCCCCGGCUCGUCCUCACCACAGCCGCUUCAUCCCAUCGCUGGACGCCGUGUUUUCCUUUCCGGAAUGACCCGUGGGUUUCUUUAAAAACACUUGUGCUUAAAUCCGCCUCGAAAUCACAUUAUCCCUGGUGAGGGCUGCCUGGGGCAGCACCCAGCACCCCAAGGCCUGCCCCGCCCCGCAGCGGGAUAGAAGGGGCAGCACGGCGAAACCCUGACAUUGCUCGCCAGCUAUGAGCUCCCCCCGCAGCCCACCAAGUGUGUGGGCUUCCAGAACGCUCCCCAUAGAUGCCCCAGCCCUACAUGGACUUGAAAUCACGGGGACAGGCCCGGGGGAGCCGGGGGGUGUGGGCCGAGCCUGAGGGCGCACCCAGGCCAGGUUCCCUGGGUCCUGGGCCUAGCCUGCCUCAAACACCCCCCCAACCCCCAUCCUGGAGACGCCCCACCUCCAGAGCUCUGCAGGGCCUGAGCUGGCCUCUCUCUGGCCAGCGCCCACCCUCAGGGAGGUGGGGGGGGGGCCGGUGGUGGUGAGGGUGCAGGCUGGGCACGCCCCUGCCCCCCAGAAACGUCUGCGACCCUGAACCACCGAGUGCCUUCUACUUAAAUCGGGAGCUACUCUGUCACUCCUCAUGCCCCACCCCCACCCCCCGGUGCCCCGGGUCUGGGGUCCGCGCCUGGUGCAGGAGCACAGGUGGACGAGGGCCCCCCGUGCCCCAGCUUCCCUGCCAGCUGCCCCCCAGCACCAAAGGAGAAGGUCCGUCCUUGGACCAAGGCCAUCUGUGGUCGGUCAGUUGAUUCCUUCAGUUUCAUUUCUUACUUAGGGGACAGUCUGAGUGUGGCUUCGUGUCUGACCCAAAAGUUUGAGUGGGCAGGGAAUAAACAAAUAACGUCUCA